GCCAGGCCGCCCGGCCGACCUCUAUCCCCACUCCAUCCGCGAGGUUGGCACGGCGUAGAGGCCGGGACCAAAACAACAAGGGUACGGGUGCCCAGAAUCCUGCCCCAAAAUCCCAACCCCGUCCCCUUCCUGCUCCCCCGUCAAGCAUGGACGAGGGCUGGACGGAAGUGGUGAAGCGGGGCAAGAAAGCAAGGCAGCAGACAGCGGCUCUGGCAGCUCCCAGAGGGGGUCGAGCGCCGACCGCUGCAGCACGAAGCACAGAGCUGGCGGCCGUAGCUGCUCCUCGUGAGAAUCGAGCACUGGCAGCCAGGAAGAAGAAUGGCAAAAAGAAGAGGCCGCGCGCAGCGCGGUCGGCUGCCGUCGUAGUGACGUUGCUGCCGGCCGCCGCCGAAAAGGGCCUCACCUAUAAUGAGGUGAUGGCCCGGGCGCGCGCGGCCGUAAGUUUGGAUGAAAUCGGGGCAGAGGAGGGCCUCCGCUUCCGGCACACAGCCAAUGGAGCGAAGCUGCUGGAGUGUCCCGGUGCCGAUAGUUCUGGCAUCGCGGACAAACUAGUGGCGACGCUCCGCGUGGCACUGCCGGAGGAUGAGGUGCGCGUGCACAGGCCGGUGAGGAUGGCCGACAUUAGAAUCACCGGCCUGGACGACUGUGCUACCAAGGAGGAGGUGGCAGCCGCGAUAGCCGCCCAAGGUGGAUGUGCCCUGGAGAGCGUGACCGUGGGCGAACUUCGCUCAGGGUACUCUGGAGCCAGGUCGGUGUGGGCGCGCUGCCCUGUGGAGGCAGCCACUUCCUUGGCCACUCCUCCGCCGGGAAGAUCGACGGGGGACCCGGGGAGACUGCGCGUGGGCUGGAUAGCGGCCCACGUGCGUCUCCAAGAACCACGUGCCUGGCGAUGUCUCCGAUGUUUUAGCACCGGGCACGGCCUCGCUAGGUGCACUAGCUCGGUUGACCGCAGCGGUCUGUGUUUCCGCUGCGGCCAGCCGGGCCAUAAAGCGGCGUCCUGCACAGCCGCCCCGCACUGCGCUCUGUGCGCUGCGGCCGGGCGCAGGGCAAACCACCGGGCGGGAGGCAAGGCGUGCUUCCCGUCCGGUGAUAAUACCGAACGCAACCGGCGCCGAAAAUCAAAGCGCCGACAAAAGAGAAGGUUGGCCAGAGGAGCACUGGCCAACGCUGUAAUCCCCGAUGCGGCGCCGGUGCCGGAGGGCGGGGGCAGCGGUGAAGGGGAGGGGGCGAUGGAUGUGGUCCAACAGUAAUGGACCGCACCUAUCGCUUCCUCCAAGGAAAUCUAAACCACUCCGCCAGAGCUCAGG